GCUGGAGGAGAUGAGAUACAGAACUAGCCAUGGAAGAGGUGUUAGACCAUUUCAAGUACCAGUAAGUCGGAUGUAUAAUAUUUUAAAUAGAUACCAUGCCAAACAAUGGUCCAGAUGUUGUUCACAAGAAUUCUUAGCCAUAACCUCCCUUAGAAAAACUGAGAAGGUUCCUACAAGGCAAUGUAGAUUAUUGAAGAGAUACCGCUUUCCCGCUACAAUAGAGAAAGACUAUAUAUCAAGUAACGAGGAUAAACAUUCGGCAAGCUUUUGGACAUGGCUCUUGAAAAGAUUGAAUGCAUUCUACCAGUUUUCUCGUCCUCAUACCAUAAUUGGCACAGUUGUUGGAAUAACAUCAGUUUCCCUCCUUCCAGUCGAAACAAUGGCUGACCUAUCUCUGACAUUUUGGAUUGGAUUACUGAAGGCUUUGAUACCAGGAUUAUUGAUGAACAUUUAUGUGGUGGGAGUGAAUCAGUUAUAUGAUGUUGACAUUGACAAGGUCAACAAACCAAAUCUUCCACUUGCUUCAGGGGAAUUCUCAAUGGGGACUGGAGUAGCAUUGGUUGUUUUGUCUUCCUUGAUGAGCUUUGCCAUGGGAUUCAUGUUUCAGUCCCCGCCACUCAUAUCUGCCCUUCUCAUUAGCUUUCUGCUUGGAAGUGCUUAUUCCAUUGAACUUCCCUUGCUCAGAUGGAAAAGAAAUGCAUUUCUUGCUGCAAUGUGUAUCUUGACUGUGAGAGCAAUUGUUGUCCAACUUGCUUUCUUUAUGCACAUCCAGAAUUAUGUAUUUGGAAGGCCAGCAGUACUUACAAAGUCAGUGGUAUUUGCAACAGUUUUCAUGUGUUUCUUCACUGCUGUUAUUGCACUGUUCAAGGACAUACCUGAUGUGGAUGGGGAUAAAGAUUUUGGCAUUCAGUCCUAUAGCGUCUGCCUAGGCCAAGAAAAAGUUUUCUGGCUUUGCAUCAAAUUGCUGCUGCUGGCAUAUGGCUCUGCUGUGGUGGUUGGAGCUUCUUCAGAAUUUAUAUAUAGCAAGAUUGUUAUCGUUCUGGGCCACCUCACACUUGCUUCAAUUCUUUGGUUUCGUGCCCAAUCCAUUGAUCUUACAAAUAAAGCGUCCAUAACUUCCUUUUACAUGUUCAUUUGGAAGCUAUUUUAUGCGGAAUACCUUCUUAUCCCAUUUGUUCGUUGAGAAGGCUGCUCCAGAGUUCAGAUGCAUAAAGAGGGAUUGGCCAAAACUGAGCCAAUAAUCAUCAGCUUACUGCCACCUGAAAUAGAUGUCUUCAACAUAAAUGGAACCCUUCUCAUGGAAAAGCUGAGAGCCUGAGAUUUC